ACAUUUUCAAUUCACCCACAUCUGCAACAGCGGCUGCCGUAUGGUGUCGUCGUUCAAUGACCUUUGUAAUGGUCAGCUAGUGGACGCAAGAUCUGCCUUCGUCCGCCGGGGUAUAUGUGUGCACUUCUAUAAGUAUGCCUGAAUAUGUGCAAAUGUUGUUGACACCUAGUAUUCGACUUGUCGAAUAGAGAGGGAACGAACUGAGCCAGCUCCCUUAGAGGCACAGAGUCGGUGUACCGGUGUCUUCCUAUCGAUCACUGCUUCCCUGAGAACACCGCGCAUUGAAACUGAAGGCUAGAACCUCAUGCCCUUAGGAGGAUCUUCAACGUUAUAUUGGAACAAUGUCGAAUUCAGACACGGACGUGUGCUGUCGCCAAAAUACUGAUUACUCCGUCGUGUUGAUUGCUGGCUAGGUAUAGGACAGUACCAGUUUUAGGGUCAGAUGUCCCGUGAUCAAAUCGUAGCGUCAAAAGAACGCCACGGAUCACACAAUGGAGUAAUGCCACACAAUGGUCACCACUACACGAACCAAGGACAUCACGGCAUCAGUCACCAUUCUCAUUACAACAAUAACAACCAGCAUUCUAACAACGAUAUGAACGGCCACGGAAACCAUCACAACGGAAAUAGUAACAACAGAAAUCAGGCAUGGGGUUUCAGAGCCCGGGGGGCCAAUCGGCCCCGUCCUGAUAACAUUGGCUCGACGCAGAAUAUUUACCAAUAUCCUCACUGCGUUGCGCGUUUCGGUGGACUGCCAUGGAAAAAACCAGAAAGACAAUACAAACCUGGAGUUGAAGGACUAACAGAAGAAAUAGAAGACUUUUUCAAGUACAUAACUCCCACUAGCGAAGAGCACGCAGCACGAGAGUCCAUUGUCAAUCAAUUAAAGGAACUUAUAACGGCGAAAUGGCCAGAGGCGGAGCUUCAUGUGUUCGGCAGUUUCCGGACAAAUCUUUAUUUGCCAACGGGGGACAUCGAUUUGGUCAUCCAGGGUAGUUGGGGUGAUAUCCCGCCGCUGUUUGACCUCGAACGCUUCUUGGUGGAGCAAGGAUUUUGCGAACGUUCUACUCUCCGAGUACUUGACAAGGCCACUGUACCACUGAUCAAGUUCCGGGAUAGAAAAACAGAUAUUGCCGUAGACAUCUCCUUAAAUCAGGUGAACUGUAUUAAGGCGGCGGAUUACAUCUUGGAUUCCACCAAACGCUUCCCUUGCCUUUCGCCGCUCACAAUGGUGCUAAAACAAUUUUUGAGUGAGCGUAACCUGAAUGAAGUGUUCUUUGGCGGAUUGUCAAGCUAUAGCCUGGUCCUUAUGAUUAUAACCUUCCUUCAAAUUCACGAAAAGCAGGAGAUGGUGACAAGUGAAAAACCUAAUCUCGGCCAGCUUCUGUUGGACUUCCUAUAUUUUUUCGGCAUAAAAUUUGAAUAUGAGAUCUUUGGCCUUCGAGUUAAGCAAGGCGGUAAACUGGUCAAAAAGGAGGAUCUGCGUCGUGACAUGGUCUACGCUUUGGCUGGUGCGAUAAACCCAGCUCAAGUGGGCAUUAAUCCCUCUCCGCAAUGCAUGCUCACCAUUGAAGAUCCUGUAACGCCUGGAAACGAUGUCGCCAGAGCCUCGUACUCAGUAGGCACAAUCAAAGAGGAGUUUAGGCUUGCUUAUAAUUAUCUCCAGAAAGGCGUUAUUGAAGAGCGGGACCCCACUCAUAGCAUACUGGGUCGUAUUAUCCGAGUGACGGACCCGGUGGUAUACCAGCGUCUUCGUAUACGGCACUGCCAACGCAACCCUGACUUGCGCGCAGCAGCCAAUAACAACAACAACGGCAACAACAACAACAGCUUCAAUCAAGAAAUAAAGGAUAUGAGUCUCACAUACGAUAACAAUAUUGCCACAGUGACAACCAGUAAUAACGCUUACAGCAGGAUGAACAGUACAGGUAAUCAUAAAAAUGGUGGAAACAACAGAUCGAAUGGAGUGCAUAAUGGAUGUUCGCCAGGGCGGAAAUCUGGGGUAGGCCCAAAUAAAAGACGAAAUAACAGUGAAGUGGCACGCGAAUCAAGUUCAUCGGCAGUGAUAUCACCGCAUGAUAACAUUGCAGCUGGUGGCGAUAGCCAUUCCACCGUCUGUUCGCCGUCCGGUACCUAUCGCCGUCCCGCUACGCCAACGUGUGGCCCUAAGGACAUCGCUUUGGCUACUAGUCACCAUCACAGCAGGCAGAAAAAUAAGGAUCAAAAUAAAAAUCUGUCAAAAAACCACGCUGUCAGCGAAGAUAGUGAUCAAACCCAGGACGGUGCAUCAGUAGUAGAACGGGCAAAUGAGCGAUUUACAUCCGAUUCAGCAUUUGCCACAGAAGAUUCGUCGAAAACAGCCUCGGCAGCUUCUGGGCCAACCACUAAUAAAAAGACAAGCAAAGACCUUAGCAGCAUUGGCAGUUUCGAUAUUCAAAACGGAUGCGCUAACGAAAAAAAAAAUGAAAAACGUUCAUCUCACUCCGCCAGUAACAACAACGACAAGCAAAAUAUCUGCGCUUUCGCAUCUUCAAACCAAACGGCUUUUGACAGUUUAACUUCUGAUUCGUCAUUAAAUUGGAUAAAUGAGAGCACCGUCGCGACUGGCUGCGACUGUGACGGUAGUAGUAUUACUAUUACUGCUACUGGCGGGGUUAGUGAAAGCGUCAACAGAACCAAUCACCACGCAGCAUCAGGCGUCGACCAUCAGUUAUCCACAGGUCUUAUACAACAUUUGCAGCAUCCGGUGGAAACCAUCCGGCGUACGCAAGAAAAUCACUUAGAAGAACAAGAGAUCUUUGACAGAAUUAUUCUCGGCGAUGUAGAUGAGCCAUAAGUAGUUUUGUGCCAGAAAUCUGUGAACAUUUCGCUCCGAUGUGGCAGUUAAAAUGACCUGAGUUUCUUUGUUCGUCUUUGCCGAGACAUCGUCUGCCCUGCUUCCUGGUGAUAACUUGUAUAUAUGCUGUAUAUAGGACCUAGAAGGAACGCGUGAUAAGGAAACCAGAAUUGUUGUUCGGAAUUCUCGACCUUUAAACUGAGAUUAUUCUAGUAGGCCUUACGGGGCACACGGUUCACGAGAUGAACAAGAACUCUAUUAUUAUUAUUAUUAUUUGAAUAUUUUAGUACCUUGUUGCUGGGUAACGUUCUCUAUUGAUCUAACAAUAUUAUACUAUUAGGGACUAUAAAUGAGGACAAAAAAGGAAAAAAAAAUAGAACCUAAUACAGAAUACGACCAAAUAUUGCAGACACAUUUAGCUAGCGUACAUAAAUUGUGCCAUUUAUCUAUGAUAGGGAUUUCUCCCGGAGGCACACAGACAUUCGAAAAAUAGGAGGUGAAGUGUAAAAUGGUUCACUGGCCUCAAAAAAAUAGAUUUAUUAUAUAUUAUAUAUUAUUAUGUGUGAAAAGCGCCGCUUCGAUAAAGAGGUUGAUUGCCUGCAGUGAUACCCAUGACAUGUUCGUAUUAGUGCAUAUGCACACAUAUAAUACAAACAGAUAAUAGUAAUACUAACGGAAACGAAUCGUGCUUCAACAGAGAUAGUUCUGAAGUGCUGACAUAAGUUUACCAACACAAAAAUAACGAUUCCAAGUACAAACAAAAAAAAAAAGUAGAAAACGUCCUAAAACUCGUUUGACUCAUUUUCGUAUUGAUAUUUUUGAUCUAUUAAUUACUUAGUUUCUUUCGAGAGUGUUCGAAGUACCCGUCGUUGUAAAUUACAAUAUUCUGCUCCUAAUUCACCUUAAUGACCGUGCUUCUAGAGCAGAAAGUGUUCUGUAAGGAACUAAAGAGACGGUAAAAUAAUCGCGAAAGGUGAUAGGUCGUACCGCCUAAAACAAAAACGUCCCCCAGUUACCCAGAACAUCACCUCUAUAAAAAGACAUGUCUAUAUAAAGACGAUUUACCCAACCGAAGAGAUGAAAGAUGUAUCGAAUGAGAUACCCAUGCUUCUAUAUUACGUCAUGAUUACCUCGAUAUUAUUAUUAUUACUAUUGUUAUUUUUUCAUGAUAGGUUUGCAAAACAGAUAUAUAGAACAUACUUGGCUGGCGUACAUAACACAAACGCGCAAAGGAACGAAUCCUAAUAUUUUCAAACGGCGUCUGAACAUAGACAACAUGUCAUUUGUCAGCUUCUCCUUUUCGCGCUUCUGUCAAUAAAGACCGAGAUUUAUAAGCGGUUAAAUGUUAUUGCCGAAUGGCAAUUAGAUGCAUAUAUUAGAUACCUCUGGCGGAUCCCCCCUUUGAAGGUCAUCGUCAGCAGUAAAUGUACACUAAACAGGAAACGUAUGCAGGGCUUAUUGUUUGAAUUGUCCAAUAAGUGUAUGGAAACCCGAUGAAUUUUUGGCUAUAUGCAGAGGUAGCUAGGAACAAUUUUGCCAUUCAUCCACAAGCGACCUGUUAAAGUUAUUAUUGUUGUUGUUUCGUAAUUCAGAGGUUGUGGACGAAGCUGAAAGGAGUUGGCCACAGCGAGCAUGCUCGAUACACAAUUGGUGACAGCAAACACGGUGGUGACAAUCAUCUACCGAUCUAUGUAGCAGACUGUAAGGAUAAAUGUAAUGAAACAACAAUAGGCAUAAUAAUUCUAACGCAAAUGAUAAAAUUCGACGUGGCGGGACAAAAAGGAAGCAACACAGAAUUCGAGCAUUGGAUAUACGAACAACGACAAAGCACAGAGACUAAGCUUAAGCAGACAUCGCUUUGUUGCUUUUAUGCAACAACAAUUAAUACCCAGACAUAAAUAUUAUAUGAAAAGUACACAGUCUUAUUUAUAUAGUCAACAUAAAUGUAUUGCUAGAUAGAAAAUAUAAACAAAUCUGAAUAAGGUCAAAAGUAGUUCAUCUGUAAGUUGUUAUAAUGAAAAUCACAAGCGUUCGUCUAAUGCUGGAUGUACACGCUAAGAAACCCUGUCUUCCGAAAAGUUAGGAUAAAGGCUCAACAACACUACUAUCGCUCAAUUAAAUGAUCCAUUGUGCAUCGAGAAAUGUGUGCAUUGAAACGUAAUGCAAAACGCAGACGGCGCUUAUAUUCAGGUUAACUAGUGAACCAUCAUAAUAUUAACAGAGAUUAACUCUCAGAGGUAACGUUCGAAUACGACCACAUCUAACAAAAAUAUAAUGGCAAUUCCAUUAAAGCUAUAUGCAUAAUGAUUUUCAUACACUGUAACCACAUACAAUAUAGUAUCCGUGUCCUGUCUCUGGUGCACAUGGGAAACAAACACGUCGUCGUAAACACGAAUUUAACUAUGGGUAGGCAUAGCUUGAAAUUAAUGGCCGGUUAGCUGUGUGUAGAUGGUGCGUGGUGAUCUAACCGAACAACUCUAAUCAACGUAAAACGAAAAAAACAGAUACGCAGUCAGCGACACGAGUAAUACCAUAUGCGCACACAAUAUUAUAUGGUUUCAAUACUCUGUUGUUUAGCGAAUAAAAUACUGUUAGAGUGUGUAAUGAUCACAACAGGAUUCGGAAAAGAGCGAACAAAAUGUGGUGUUUGACGCGAAUUUUCAGUCAAAGGUUUUCUGCGGAUUUCAUUAAAACAAUUCCCCCAUCCGCAGUUUUUCCUUACCUAAUGAGUCCAUCUUGCGAGAGCACAAAGCUAAGAGCAAACAGGAACAGGAAACGAAUAAAACGGAACAUAACUAGCACCAAGACACUUUGGGAGCAGUAGAGCUAUAAGAAAAUGCACUUGGUUGUGAUUAAGUUGAAAGUGAAAUAGAAACAGAAAGAACAGAGGUGAGGGAUGUUAAAAACUACAUGACGAGCUGCAAUAAAAUAUCAUCGGCA